AUGUCUUGGGACUCCUUCCACACCGUAUUCAUCCGGUGUUGCGGUAUAGCUGCCCUGCUCACAAAUACUCUGAUGUUUCAUCUCAUCUGCUAUAAAUCUCCAAAAAAUAUUGGAGCUUAUAAGUAUCUGAUGCUGUAUUUCGCUGUGUUCGAGGGGCUCUAUGCGAUACUUGACAUGACUAUUCUCCUGGAUUUCUAUACUUUGGAAUCUGCUUCUCUUACAGUCAUAUCAUCCAAAAAAAGCCAUUUGCCGGAAGUGUUGCUUCCAGUUUUUAACGUGUUGUACUGGGCUUCAUAUGGAAUGUCACUUUCUUUAAUCGAUGUUCAUUUUGUGUUUCGGUAUUUGGUGGUUAGUGGAGAAGUGUUUAUCAAUGGAUCUCAAGUAGAUACCAAUGAAGUUGAUAUAAUGGGUUUCUAUAUUUAUCCAAAGGAUAUCCAUGGAAUAAAACAAAUUAACUGGAUGAAUGUGGCUGGAACGGUUCAGAAUACAGUGGAAAUAUCGAUGUCCCAAAUGUCUUGGGACACCUUCCACGUCGUUUUCCUCCGGUGUUGCGGUAUUGCCGCUUUGCUGACGAACACCCUGAUGUUUCACCUCAUCUGCUACAAAUCUCCACAAAAUCUGGGAGUCUAUAAGUACUUGAUGCUGUAUUUUGCUGUUUUCGAGGGACUCUAUGCUAUACUUGACAUGAUUAUCUUACCUGAUUCCUAUACUUUGGAAUCUGCAUUUCUUAUAGUUAUAUCAUCCGAAAAAAGCCAUAUGCCGGAGGUGUUGCUUCCAGUUUUUAACGUGUUGUACUGGGCUUCAUAUGGAAUGUCACUUUCUUUAAUCGAUGUUCAUUUUGUGUUUCGGUAUUUGGUGGUUAGUGGAGAAGUGUUUUUCAAUGGGUCUGAAAUAGAUACCAAUGAAGUUGAUAUAAUGGGAUUCUAUGUUUAUCCAAGGGAUAUCCAUGGAAAACAACAAAUUAAUUGGAUGAAUGUGGCCGGGAUGGUUGAGAAUACGGUGGAAAUAGGAGCACCACCUAACGUUGGCCAAGGUUUUCAACCACAACCUCCACGAAACGCCCCAGCUGUUCCAGUGCUUCCACAAAACGCCCCAGCUGUUCCACUGGUUCCACAAAUCGGUCCACACCCGCCCCAACUACAAAAUGGACAUCCCACCUCAGAUGAUGAUGCAGACUAUAGGCACAAGUAUUAA